UGUUUGCGAGAGGCACGAGAGGUAAAGCUUUGUAGCGCGGGAUGCGACCUACGGACAACAGUGGGUCACGCUCGGAUUCGAACGAAACGGGGAGAGCCCGACGAGGAUGAGGAUCAAUUCGACUCCUCUCGUUAUCCGGUUCGGUAGCUAUGAAAUCUCGUCGACACGCCUUGUGUCGCAUGCACCAACGUCUCUCCCUUCUCCGGUUGCUCCGUCGUUAUCGAUUGUUACGAACGCGCCGACUGAUAACGCGUUAAAUCGUGCACCUUCUUCGUCCGAACAAAACCACGUAGCUCCUCGCCGAUCCUCGUACCCAGCCGUCGGAAAGAAUCGAGUACAUGAUUCAUGUAUGCCGUGCAUAAUUAACGUGCUCCCGGAUACUCUACGGCAUGCAGAUAUGAUAAACGGGAAAGUAUCUAUCCUGACAUAUCAGCACGGAGGUAGAAGACUGAAAGCUUGAUAAUAUAAUGGAAUCCAGGAUGCCAGUGAAAUUCGACGACUCUUGAGUUCAUUAUGGAAUUUAGAAAAGGUCCCUGGCCGAAAAGAGUCCUAGCCCCGGCAUGUUUUCUAGUCAUUCUCAUCUGGAUCUUCCUGAUCGACAAUUCCUUACUGAUCGUCGGCCUGUCCGGUAAAGCGAAUCCGCAGAAACCUUCGAAACCGAACAAGGAAUCCCUCUCGAACGAUGCCGAGCCGAAACACUCGAAGGUAUCGAAGCUUCAGCUGAUGUCUCUGUGGACGGGCAACAACAGUCUGAAAGGAUCCUCGAGGAAGUAUCAGAUCUUGAAACAGCAAGGUCUAAUACCCAGCAAACAAUUGCCGAGCGCGUUGAUAAUCGGCGUUAAAAAGGGUGGUACCAGAGCGUUGCUGGAAUUCCUGAGGCUGCACCCCGCUAUUCGCGCCGCCGGCUCCGAAGUACACUUCUUUGAUCAUCAUUACAUGAAAGGAUUCCAUUGGUACAGGCAUAGGAUGCCACCUACGUUGAGCAGUCAAAUCACGAUGGAGAAAACGCCGUCGUAUUUCGUGACGAGCGAAGUGCCGAGGAGGGUGCAACGCAUGAACCCGGCGAUGAAAUUAAUUCUCGUGGUGCGCGAUCCGGUUACUCGAGCGAUAUCCGAUUAUACCCAGGUGAAAAGCAAGCGGGCCAACAUGCCGAAGUUCGAGGAUCUGGCGUUUCUGAACGGCUCGAAAAUCGUGGACACGUCCUGGGUACCGUUGCGGAUCGGAGUCUACGCGAGACAUUUGGAAAGAUGGCUUCAGUACUUUUCGUUGUCUCAGUUCGUGUUCGUGUCCGGUGAGAGAUUGAUCGUCGACCCGGUGGCCGAGAUCACCAGGGUUCAAGAUUUCUUAGGCUUAAAGAGAGUCAUCUGCGAGAAACAUUUCUAUUUCAACGCGACAAAGGGGUUUCCCUGUCUGCUCAAAUCUGAGGAACGUCCUACACCCCACUGCCUUGGUAAGAACAAGGGUCGUAGUCAUCCUUACAUAGAUCCUGUAGCCAUACAACGAUUGAGAGAUUUUUAUCGUCCAUUCAAUCAACGUUUCUACCAAUUGACCGGAAUGGACUUCGGCUGGUUGUGAGAGUAGAUGAUAAGCGAACACAUAUCGAAGCUAGUCAAGUAAAAGAGAAUACAUAGUCAAUUUUGAUUGAGACACUAGUCACAAUUAACGAGGCACCCUUCGAUUAAUUCUUCAUACCUUUCUACGAGGAGUAUAUGUAUUUUUAUGCACGUGGAUUAAAGGGACAUAUCUUUUCCGAAUGUGUUGACAAUACACAGAUGAGAAUUCCUACUCUUGUCUGUGAUAUUAACGUCUAGAUACGCGAGUACAGAUUUAAGUACGAUCGUCGCUGAAUAUUAUCGAUUGCACAUGCACUAGUCAGAAAAAUUGAUGGCACUACGAUUGUCGCUUGGUAAUCAUCUUCCAAGCUCGAGCGAUUUUCGACGUAAACUUCGCGAUGCCAUCAUUUCGUCGAGUAGCAUAUUUUACGCGAAGUACCUAUUACAUUCGAAUUAUAGCAUAUCAAUUAUUUAGAACUGUCUCUUGUUACGUUCUCGAUUAUACACAUCUUUCAAUACUCGUAGUAUAGAUCGUUAUUAGUUUUAUACGAUUCCGUCUGAGAAUAAUCUAAAUAUUUCGUUGAACUCAUGACGUUCCACUGUAUCGAUAGAAUUUCUUACUAAUCCAAUUAGAUAUAAAAUUGAGUCAUAUCGUAAUGACGAAAUUGCUUCCAACUUCUUCUAGUUACUUUUGAGGGUUAAGUGACACAUCGUACAAUUCCAAAUCGAGUACAAUUUAAAGUAAUAAUAAAUUAUGUCUCGCGUAAUUAAUGAGCAGUUUUAACGAAUACGUUUCGAUUAAUUAGGUAUAGAAAUGUUGAUAACGUCAAUUAGACAUUUGUAACGACUAGGACGGUUAUUAAAAAGUUUGUGAAACGAUACAUGUACGUAUAAUUUCGACACGUGCAAGUGGGCGGGCUUGCAUGAACUGCAAUAAAAACGUUUAACAUAUUUAUAUUUUGUAAAACAUGACACACACACACACGUAUAUUGUAAAGCAGAAAUUUUUACGAGUCCAAUUAUAAAGUUUUAAUUAAAAGCAUUAUAGAGAUGAAAGGAUAGCUGCGGAUUCAUCGAAUUUGUCUCGAACAAAUUAUACAGACAUACACGCCCAGAGAUUUCCUUCUAUUGAUAAAACUGUUAAUUAACUGUUAGCGAGGUUAUUUGCAAAUUCGUUAAGCAUGCAUUUAACCGUCACAUCCAACGAGUACAUUGUUAACAGUUAUUUGCAUAUUAAAUUCAGUUGUUCAAGUGGCCUGAUUCGUCAUUUUACACGAGAGAUAGAAUGUAUAUGAAUAAACAACGAUUUCUAAACUUA